AUGGGGAAGCGCGGCCGCUGCUCCGCAGCCACCGUGGGCCCGGACUUCGGCUCCGGGGCGCUCAGUCGGCUGCUCGUGCUGCUACUCCUAGCUGCGCUCUUGGUAACCCGGGCGGACGCGGCGCGAGUGCGCUCGGUGCUCUACUCCCCCAGUGACUCCCUGAUGCUCCUGGGGCAGAACACCUUGCGUCCGACUGUCCUGGGCUCCCCCAGCUCCUGGGUAGUAGAAUUCUUCGCCUCCUGGUGCGGACACUGUAUCGCCUUCGCCCCCAAAUGGAAAGCGUUGGCCAAUGAAGUCAAAGACUGGACACCUGUACUGAAUGUAGCAGCCUUGGACUGUGCAGAUGAAGCGAAUUCAGAAAUCUGCCGAGACUUUGGGAUCACUGCCUAUCCCACCGUAAAGUUUUUUAAAGCCUACUCAAAUAACUCUUCUACUGGAAAAGAGAUGUCAGUAUUUGGGAAAAGCGUUGAAGAUCUUCAACAGAUGCUCAUUGAUGGCCUGGAGUCACAUCGUGGUGGACGGUGGCCCCCAUCUUGUCCCCCAUUGGCACCAAUCAGGUCGGAGGAGAUUAUUUAUUUCUUCUCGAGAAACCCCGAUGACUACCUGGCUCUGAUCUUUGAGAAGAAAGACUCCUAUGUGGGCAGGGAGGUGGAACUGGACCUGUCUCAGUACCACGGCAUCAAAGUGCGCAGGGUCUUGGAUGAACAGGAGGAAAUAGUAAAGAAAUUUGAUGUCACCGUCUUCCCUUCUUGCUACCUGCUGACCAGAAAUGGCUCCAGAUCCAGGGUCCCCGUGCUUAUAGAAUCCAGAUCUCUUUAUUCCACUUACCUCCAGAGGUUACCUGGCGUGGUCAAAAGGACUUUUAGCCCAACAGUCAAGCCAACCACCAGAGAUCAGGGAACGCCUCCCAUUAGGAAAUUUGCAGACAGUUCCAAGAUAUAUAUGUCUGAUCUGGAGUCCUCGCUCCACUACAUCCUGCGGGUAGAGGUGGGGAAGUUCAAAGUCCUGGAGGGACAGCGUCUGACAGCUCUGAAAAACUUUAUGUCAGUUCUGGCCAAGUACUAUCCUGGCCAGCCCCUGGUCCGGAAUUUCCUUCAUUCCAUGGAUGUGUGGUUACAAUGGCAACAGAGGAAGAGUAUACCCUACAGCUCCUUGGAAGCAGCCCUGAACAACAGGAGAGAGGGUGCUGUUUUGCCCAAGAAAUUGACCUGGGUGGGCUGUCAGGGAAGUGAGCCUCAUUUCCGUGGAUUUCCUUGUUCUCUCUGGAUCCUUUUCCACUCACUGACGGUUCAGGCAGCUCAGCGCAAUGAGUACCUUCAGCAGAAAGGAGACCCUCAGGAAAUCCUCCAAGCCAUCCGAGGCUACGUGAAAUACUUCUUUGGCUGUCGCGAUUGUGCUAACCACUUUGAGCAAAUGGCGGCUGCCUCCAUGGACAAAGUGAAGAGCAUGGAUGAUGCCAUUCUCUGGUUCUGGAAUCGUCACAACCGAGUCAAUGCUCGACUAGCAGGUACAGCCAGUGAGGACCCUCGAUUUCCCAAGAUCCAGUGGCCACCAAGGGAUCUAUGUAACUCAUGCCACAAUGAAGUUGAAGGGGACCCUGUGUGGAAUCUAGGUGCCAUCCUUGCAUUUUUAAAGUCCCACUUUUCUGCCCGAAAUAUUGUCUAUAACCACAGCCUGUCUGUGGAAGCCUUGGGAAGAUGGUACCGAGAAUUGGACAAUUCUACUUCCUUUCCUCCUGUCGAGGAACCAAACCCCACAGAGCUAUUUGAAGAGAAACCAAGGGAUGGUUUUGAAGAAGAUUUGAGAAAAGAGGAAGGACAUCCAAAUGAGGAGACUCCAGGUAAUUUGGCAAUCCAGAUUAGGGGGAGUGAAGUUACCUUAAAAGAGAGCGAUGGCUUGAUAACGGGGAAUGAAUUCUUACCAACAGAGUGGCCAGAAUACUACCGUAGCUUGGAGUUAAGUGUUGGGAAGAUGAAGACUAAGGAACUCCAGGAAAAACAGGCAGUACCAGACCUGGAUGCCCAUGAGGAUGAUGAAGUUGAAAUCCUGAAUGUUGAAACCGAGUCCCCAAUUUCAGAUCACAAAGACAAGUCUCUACUCUUGGAUGAUGGAGCCAAGUUCCUGGACCUGGAUGAUGGAACUGAAUCCCUGAUUCUAGAAGAUGGAGUCCAUGAGCUAUUUCCCAGACCAAAGGUUUCUCGGAAACUGAGCAAGCGGGACACACUGUCCCUGCAGCUGGAAGAAGGUGCAGAAGGAGUCCUACAGAAGCACCCUGGUGGCAGCUUCCAGUACCUGGCCAGUUUCAACCAGAAGAAGAGUCAUCGAAGUCUGGUGGCAAGAUAAAAGUCAGAAAACGACUGACGAUGGCCCAAGACGCAGUGGAUGACCUUGGUGUCUUCAAUACCUGACCAAGAUCUAAGCACUCCACAAAGUCUGCUUCAGCCACCUUCAUGACCAUGGAAGAAAUUGUUCUCAUCUGCCCUCUCCACAGGGGAGAAGUCUUCAGUUGCUUGGGAUGGACAUCCUCCUAACUCCCAAUGGACUUGUGGCCCAUUGGGUACCCUCAAUAUAGUACAAUACAUAGUAGUAAAUGAUCAUAGUAAUUUAGUGUUUGACAAACCCAAGGACAAAAAUUCACUAUUUGAUGAA